UGAGAAAACCUGUUAUCGAUUUCCGUUACGAAUACGAUGUUAAGAUUGUUAUGCUGUAAACGAUUAAUUGUUAUCUGUGAUUUGUAAUUUGUAAACAUCACUAAACAAUUUUGUGAACAAUUUGUUUGAAUACAUCACAUGUGGAUACUUUUUGUUACAUUUUAUUAGAUUUUAAGUCGUGAAAUGUUAUUAAAUUAGCAAAAAUAUUGUACAAAAUGUCCGGUUAUCUAGAAGUGAAGUAUCCAUUUAAAUCGAAUUUAGGCCUGAAUCCAUUCAAGACAUGGAAGAGACAAUGGUGUAUUUUGAGGCCGAGUCCGACGUACGUAGGCGGCGGAUCGUUGGCGGUUUACUGUAGCGAGGCAGGCGCGCCCGCGGGUACGGUGGAAUUGCAGUCCGGUUGCGUGGUGAAACGGGCGAAAUCCCGCUCUAGACCGUAUGCCUUCGCCGUGUUCAGUACCGAUGAGCCCAGCAAACCACGUAUCCUGCUGGCCGCACAGUCAAUACAAGAAACUAACUUGUGGAUGGACAAAAUCCGGACUUUGCUCAGCGGGGAAAAACUUCUAGGUACAGAGACAUUGCUUAAGGAUACUUAUGUGGUAACAGUUGUUCCCACCGAUUUAUCUCGUACAUGUGAACUAACAUCCGACUGCCGGCUGACUCUAUCAUCUAACGGACUCAUCGUAACCCAAAACAAUAAUGAUGCAAACAUACAAUGGCAGUAUAUAAAAGAUGUCAUACAGAUGAGAGAGAAUGACAAAAAAUGCUGUGUUAUUAGUAUUGAUAGCUGUUUUAACGGUGGCGGUGAGCUGAAGCUGACCACGUCGUCUAUGAGUGUGAUGGUCAGCGCCAUCAAGCAGGCGCUCCGAGUGACAAGUCAGAAGAAGUUGAGUCGCAGCGACGGUGAUCUCAAUAUAAGUAAAAGUGAAGGUGACAUCAGACGCAGCAGCUGGAACAGCGGGCCGUCCGACGUGUCGCUCGACGACACUGAUCUCAUCAUGUCCAAGGGCGGCGUGGGCGGGCGACUGUCGCGAUGCGGCGCGGCGGCGGAUCGUCGACUGCACCUCGCCUCCCUCACUUCUCUCGCCUGCACCGAUGACAGCGCGGAGCGUCGCUCGCUAGUCUCAAUAGCUUCUGGCGUGUACGAGGAGAUCACCGAGAACUUUGACCCUGCAAAGUCCGAAGACACCCAAGGUGCUGACGUGGUGGACUCCCCCCGGGGGUUCCCGGGGGUAGAGUGGGAGCCGAUGUACGAGAGCGUGGCCGAGUGCGUGUACGGCACCAUGCGGAGAGCGCGACCGCCGCCGCUGCCGCCACGACAUCCUGGCACGCUUCGCAACGGCGAGUGGGCGGGCGACUCGACGGUGACGCGACACAGUUCGCUGGGCGCGCUGCAUCGCUGCGACAAGCCGCGCUCCAGACAGCCGUUUAGUGUGUUUCGGAAAAGACUGAAAAGCGACUCCCGCGUCGUCACGUCCAAGUCGGAGAGUCCCAAAGAGAAGGACGUGGAGACGAAGAAGAAAAGAUUCGACUUCACACCCACCAAGGACAUAUUCAAGAGUUUUCGCGUCAGCCGCAAGAUGAAGAACCUCAAAAUCACCAACAACCUCGGCAAGGGCGAGACGAAGAGCUGCGAGUUCCUCGACGAGACGGACCACGUCUCGGCGAACCGCUGUUCGAAAUCCGUCGAGUGUUUGGACGAGAACGACGAGUUCGACGAGUUCGUCGACCUCUCGCUCGUCGAGAAUGCGAUACCGACGGACAUAGUGCAGCUGAUACUCCACAGUGAUAUUAAAGUGCGGUUAAAGGAGCAGUUAGAGAGUGAAUAUAUGCCUAUGUCCCCAAUAGUGCCCCCCGCGCCCAUAGACCACUACAUAGUUAUGUCGCCGCGGACGAACCUGGCUUGAAUCUAGUCGCUUGUGAUAUUAUGUAAGGUAGGAUUAACAGACAGCUUGUCAGACAUGUCUAACACGACGUAAUUAGGGCCACUUACACAGAUCUAGGUUACAGUUAAUCAUGGGUUACAUUUCAUGGUGUCACCGUUAAUCUUCAUAUUAAAAUAAAGUCAUAACAUGGCAUUUAACCUAGAUUUAUGAUUAACAUAGAUAUGUGCAAGUAGGCUUUUACAAUUAAGAAUUAAGCGAUAGCUUGAAGACGUUGGAAUCUCCAAUGACGGAUUUAAUGUCAAAUUCUUGGCAAACCUAAAAUUGACUAUGUCAACACGUUUUGGCAUAAUAUUGACUAUGUCAAUAACUCAAAACCUUUUCAGACAAAACCUGUUAUAACUUAUAACUCACGGUAUUUAUAUAGAGAAUUAGCACUUUUUUUAAGGUUUAUAGAACAUUAAUAGACAAUUUAAAGAUAUUGGCAAGAUGCAGUAAAUAUUUAUUAAUUUAUUCACCCAUAUAUUGCGGCUUAAGUAUAAAUCAUCCAUUUAUGCAUCAGUUGUCAAUAUACUAAUAGUUUGAAUGUUACAUAAACAUAAGUUCUUUGAACUUCUUUUCGAAUUGACUAUUAUCCCAAAAAGUGGAGUGUUUAAACAAAAUAACCACUUAUGCUAAUUAUAAAGAGAUCUGAUAAAUAGUUUAAUUAAAAAAGAGAGGGCCUUAUUUAUUAUAGGUAUUAUCGUGUCUUCUCUUUCUAGAGCUUAGUCGACUUCGUAACAGUAUUGCUUGAUCUGUUUUCUGUCUGUCAGAAAUAUUCGUAGGAAAUGGCUCAAAAGUUUCCGUCCGAAAAUAUGGACCAUGAGGAACGCUCAUAUCAUAAACUAAAACCUGUAUAAGGUUGUACUGAUUAUUAUGUCAAUUUUCCUAUUGAUAUAUUUAUCAAAUUCCAUAAUGAAUGUUUUCUCAUCAAUCAUCAUAUAAACAAAAGACUUUUUAGUUUGAUUAGACCAAACUGUUUUUAGUUUCAAUUUACUCAUUUUCGUAAAAGACAGAAUAGGAUGUGACUAAAAUAUUCGUGGAAAAAAUGUAAAGAUUAAAAUAACAAAAA